AUGGCGUCGUUGUCGUCUGUCGUUGGAUGGUCGUCAUCCCUCUGCGUCGCCCACGGGUGCUCUGUUCUGCUCCGCUCGUCCGCCUUGUCUCACCGCGCCUCGCGGUGCCUUGCCUCGAAUUGCCGCCCCUUGACUCCGUUUUGCUGUCUGGACUGGUUCUGCAACAACAGAAAUAAGAAAAGAGGUGAGAUUGGAGAUAAAGUGUUUGAUUAUAUGAGUUCUGAUUAUAUUGUCAUAGAGGCAUACAGGACUCUUAGAGAUCGUGGUCCCUAUCCUGCUGCUCAGGUUGUGAGAAAUUUUCAAGACAAAUUUGCGUUUAUUCCAUUUGACAGUGGUUCUAAAACCGUAUUUAUUACUGUAGAUGCUGAUGGGUGUAUUUUCUUCUUUUGGGGAGCUGAUACUGAUGAAAAUAUUAUUCUUACAGAUGAGAAAAAAGUUGUAACUAAGAGCUAUGGGACAUCUUCUACACUAUUUCCUAAAAGAUUUUUCUUUACAACAUCCGGAGAUUUGAACAAUUUUGAGCAUCCACUUAAUGAGGUGAAGUCUGUCUCAAGAGUUGACAGUUCUGGUCAGGUGUGUGGUGCAACUUUUAAAAUGGAUGAGGCUAAGAAGAAAUCAACUGGUAUGUCAAGGAUUGGGAGUGCUGCUAACUGGUCGAAUAAUAUCUAA